CGACAUACUUCCAACACUCGUCGCUUUCAAAGGGAUAAAAUUUCUGUAGCAGCAACAUUGCUUAAAUCAUCAGUUGUCGUCAAAUUUCUCUUUCAAUUCGUUGUAUUUUUGUUACUACGAUUCUAGAUUUUUGAAUUUGGUGUAAAUAAUAUAAAAAAUAUAUAUUUUAUAAAUGUUAUCCAAGUGUUGUAUGAAUAAAAAUUUUAUGUAAUAAAAGGAGCGUUGAAGCAAUUUAAACCGAUUGCUAAGCAAUUUCGUAAAAAUUCUAAAUCAAAGCUCUUGCGAAAGUAACGAAUACUUGAAACAGCUGCUUUGGCUUCCUUUUCCUCUCGCCAAUAGCAACGAAAAAGGAACCAAAGUUCGUGCAACGGUCUGCAUCGUGUCUCAACCAUUUUAAAAAAGAUGACCGAACAACAACCACAAAUACGAAUAGUAAAAAGACAGCCUCGUAAAAUUUUGGGCGUCAAUUCGUUGGAAUCGAACGCAUUACCAAGUGACUUUUCCGGAGCAAAUAUCAUAUUUGCUGCAACAAACGGCGCUGGCCCAACACACGUGCCUCUAACGCCACCGGAGCACAUCGUUGAAUCGCUACAACAGCAACAACACCAACGACAGCAGCCGCAGCCGCAGCCGCAGCAGCAGCAACAUUUGCUUAACGGAAACACCAAAGCAGCAGGCGCAGGAGUUACACAGCUUACAACAAAAACUCUUCCAACGUCAAUAGGGCUAAGUGCGCAGCAACAACAACAAAUGGAACGCUUGCGCUUAGCCAACAUGAUGAAUCAAGAAAUGCAUGCAUUAUGGCCAUACGGCACAGCUACAUUCCUAUCACCAAUGCUGCCAGCCCCAAAUAUGGCUUUGCCCUACGCAUUGGCCGCUACUUUACCUUAUGCUGCUGUUCCGAUAUAUCCAGCAGCUGCAGCCGGCAUGCAACAGAAUAUGCAGAAUUUACCACAACAACAGUGCAACAAUAUAUCGCCGGUAUCGCAAACUGCAAAUGUGCCAAAUGGUUCUGUUACAUCCCCUGCUACUAGCAGCGGCAACUCGUCGAAUGGCGUGCCACCGCUGCGUUCACAAACGAAUGACUCGAAAAAAAUUAAUAUUCAGAUUGGAUUGCAGUGUGUUAGUCAGAGUUCGCCACUCAAUUUCAAUUCGAUGAACGAGAUUAACGCUUCUUUAGCUAAGGUGAAUCUAUUGAAUUUUUGUGGUGCUGGUACGGACAAGGAGAGCAAAGAAACCUCAUCACUGCGCAGUUCACCGAUUUUGUUUAGUUCAGAUGAUCUCAACAGCACCUCUAGCGUGUGUCCGAAUAGUGCUCUUGGUGGUGGCGCCGGUGGCGAUGCCACUAACUCUACUAACUCGCCUGGUAGUUCGGGUAGCUGCACCGUUACGCUUUCUCAAGCCAAAUUCAAUGAGCUCACUCGUCUUGCACUACGCGGUAGCGAAAUAGCAGAGAAACUUGCCUACACACAUCGCAAUCGACCGUGUUUCAAAAAGAUCGAUAGUUUGUGUGCGCGCAUGAAACAGGAUCUCAUACGUCCAGAUGGCGUCUUGCCCAAUAUCAAUUCGCAGGGCAUAGCUUGGGCUGUAAAGGAUUUUAUUUUCGUCUUCACACGUGUCAUCAAUGCAUGGAUUAUAAUAAAGGGUUAUGUGUAUAACACGCCAGAGGGCCUGAAUAAAGUAAAAGCUGCGCUCAGUCCCGACUUCGCUGCUAGUUUCGCCGCUUGGCAGGAUACCACAAUGGAUUUCGUUGAAAAUCUAAUCAAAUCAUUUGUAAAUUUGGACAAUUUGGUACAAUCACAGAGGAAUGUAUAUCAGAAAACGGAAAGCAGUGGUACGCGCGUGGCACCCAGCACCACAACCAUCAAGCUGCUACAACCAGGCAACUCACUAUUGGACGACUCUUUUGAUUUUCUCAAUGCAUCCACUGAAAAAUCACAACAGAGCGCGCUUAAUAAGAACUAUCUGUAUACAAUGGUUGAAGACUCUGAAGGUAGUCAGCGUCAAGCUACUGUAAAUGGCACCUACUUCAAAACGGGCACAUAUAAUCCCAUCAAAAAGGAUGAGUUGCUUGCGGAUCAAACGAAUAGCACCACCGCAGCAGCCGUUACAACAACAGCCGCAACAAGUGCGGCAACACAACAAUUGUUGGCAGCCAACAAUAAUCCGCUUGAGCAGUUUUUCGAUGAACAAAUAUCAGAUUUUUGGCCAGCAGUACCUGCCGCCGAUGUGGAUACAGCAGCUGCAGUUGAGUACUUGAAAAUAAAGGAGAAAAUGCCGCCGAAUUGGUUAAGCUAUGACAUACGCGUAUUGGAGCAGAAUCUUACAGAAUUUUCAAAUGAUUACGAUCCCACAGCACCGCCACGUCCGCUGGGUAAAGAUCUGAUUGAUAAAUUAAAUGUUAUGAUUGAACGUCUUAUGGCUAUGAAGCAUGCAGAUUUAUUCUUUAAGUCGCAAUUUACCAAAAACUAUUUUCCUGAAUUUAUGUCUAAGCAUAAAAACGAUUUCAUGGAUGUACGCUCUAUCAUACUCAAGUGCCAAGUGGGCGGCUACCAGCAUAUUUUCGAGGUUGUGCAUGAUGUCAAGAAAAUUGUACACACUGUCAAGGAGUAUUUAAAAUUCAAUGGAGACAGCAAAUUGCAAAAAUCCAUAAGUUCCUUCGAAUGCGAAUUUAAUAAAUUACUUAGUGAACCACCUUUUGAAAAUUAUCAGUUCGACCAUAUCACAGGCGAACCCAAAGAGAUACUCUACAAUUGUCGCAGCAAAUAAAAUUAAUUAUUUUUAAAUAUUACAUUUCUGUGCAACUCGAAAUUAGUUUAAGUUUUGUAUAUGUAGUAGAGGUUUCCCAGCUUAUUUUAUCAUUUUUAUAAAUAGUUUUAAAUCAACUCCUUUCGAUUGUUUACGGAUGGCAUGUUUUUAAUAUUAUAGGAGCUUAAUUUUGUAGCCUUUAGUUGUGAGCCAGUACGCAUGCCCAAGUAUUUGCCUGCCAUUCAAUUACAUAUAUGCAUAUGUAUGAAGUGUUCUAAUAUUUUGGAACCAGCACAUGUUUUACAAAGUAUCUAAAUUAAAUUAAAUUAAAAUUACGAUUUCAUUAAUGGCUUAGAAUAAUGAAAAAACCAUGAGAAGCACGCAUACAUUAAGUAUUAUUUUUGUAAUUUCUUCAUAACUCUUGUUUUAGUAUGCACAAAUUGUGUGUAUGCAUAUGUUUGUAUAUGCGUGCAUACUCACACACUUUUCCCAAUUUAUUUCGACUUUAAAUUAAGAUUAUUUUUAUGUGUGAGUCAAAUUAUAAAGAAGUAUAGUAUCUAAUACCGAUUUAUUAUCUAAUCUACAGUGUAUUUUAAGUACUGAAAUUGCAAAACCGAAACCAAAAAAAAAAAAAAUGAAUUGAAAAGUUUGCAAAGAUGAAAGCAAAUGCGAUAGCAACAAAUGUGCCUAAGCCUGCUGGUUACAUCUAAAUAUAAGUUGAUCUCAUUAAACUUUUAAAAUGAAAGUAUACUAAAUUUAAGUUUGAUUAUAUGUACAUAUUUUUGUGCAUGUAUUAUAGACUUUUCAAAAUUGUAGUAAUACGUUCCAAACAUGCCCGAAAACGAGGCAGGUUUCUAUUUUGAUUUGUCAUGCCAAAUUUUUUCGUAAUAUAUGUGUUGGCUAGUAAAUAUGUAUAAUUAAGUAUAUGUUAUAGAGCUUUAGUAACAAAAAAAAACGAAUAAUAUUUAAAAUCGAAGUGAAUUUGAAUUGGGCGAAUUUUAAAAAGAAGCAUUGGGUAUCAGCUUUGUAUACAUUUAUAUGUUGGUGAACACAUGCGUAGACAUAUAGUAUGUUGUAUGUAUAUGCACUUAUAUGUUAUGAACUUAGUGCCUAUGUAGCUAUUUAACUAAAUGAAUCUUUUGUACUUGUUGAAAUGUCAUAAAUUUAGUUUUACUACAUUUUAUACUUGUAAUAAUACUGACUUACCACAUUUCUUAAUCGAGAUUUGUUGUAACAUUUGUGAAAACGCUAAUACAUAUUGAAUUAUUUUAAAUGCAUAAUAAAAUAUAAUUUUUUCAUUGAACUCUCUGUGUGUCAUCGUGUAGUUAAAACGAAAUAAUAAAUUUAAACUAGAAUAGGAGGUUCUCCAUUUGAAAAUCAUUCA